AUGUCUUCCACCGCUACUGACGUGAACCGCCCUUCGGCAGAUGCUGUCUUCGAGAAGUCGCACAACCACAACCUCAACAUCACUUCUUCUCACAAUGGCAUGACCAUCUCACCAGAGCUUUUCGAGAAGCUUUAUCUCACUCCCAAGACUCCCCGUCAUGGCAACAACGUCAAGCGUUUCGCCAAUGCUGUGCCUAUGGGCUUCACUGGUUUCGUCAUCUCGACCUUCACCUUCUCCAUGAUCCUCAUGGGCUUCGCUGGUACUAGCAGUCUUGCUGGUGUUGUUGGUAUCUUCUUUUUUACCGGUCCCGUCCUCCUUGGUCUCGCUGCUAUCUUUGAAUGGAUCAUGGGCAACUUCUUCACUAUGAACUCUCUCUCGCUCUUCUGCGUCUUCUGGCUUUCUUUCGGCAUGAUUCAACUUCCCUCCCUCGGCAUUGCUGCCUCUUACUCUCCCACCGGUAACGCUGCCGAGGGUGCUGCCAGCCCUGACUACAACAACGCCAUCGGUCUCUACCUCAUCGUCUGGGGUUUCGCCUUCGUCACCUACUUCAUCUUCUCCCUCAAGACUAAUGCUAUCUUCGCUGGUAUCUUUGGUUUUGCUGCCAUUGCCGUCUACAUCCUUGCCGGUGCUUACUUCCACGUCGCCACUGGUGAUUACGCCAUGGCUGGUAACCUUCAAAUCGCUGGUGGUGCUCUUCUCUUCGUCGUCGCAAUCUUGGGCUGGUACAUCACUUUCGUCAUCAUGGCUGCUGAGAUGCGUCUCGGUAUCAACUUCCCCGUCGGCGACCUCAGCCAUUUCUGGCCCGCCACCGAUGUCGAGUUGACCGAGAUCGAGAAGCAGGCUUAGACCUAGACUUCUGUCACUGAUGACAUUUAUGGUGGAUGGCUUUGUGUUUGUCUUUUAUUGUUCUUGCUAAGGAAAGUUUGCGAACGAUAUACCCCUCGGAUCUUUCUUGUUUCUUUGGUUGUUAAAUAAUGUCUUGUAUUGAUGUGUG